GGGGAAGGAAGCGGAAAAGGGGAACCGGCAGCAGCCCCUGCAGUUCCUUCGCUUCUCGCUCUUGGGACGCUACCGCCGCGCGGAAAGCAGCUGCGGGCGAGCGCACUGCCACAGAGGAGGAGCUUUCGGCCGCAGCCUAGUAACACCGAGCGCAGGCCUGUGUUUGAAACCUGACAUGGUAAAGACACUUCCUGCUUUUGGAGGAGAGGCUCUUCUUCGAUGUGCCUGCGUGGAUUUGUGUUCCUCCCGAAAAGAAUGGCUGAUGUGUGCACCUGGCCUUUCUCCCCUAGGGGUUAGCAGGAGCCACCAUGGGUUCUGUGAAUUCCCGAGGUCACAAGGCAGAAGCCCAGGUGGUGAUGAUUGGCCUCGACUCAGCUGGGAAGACCACACUCCUGUACAAACUGAAGGGCUACCAGCUGGUGGAGACCCUGCCCACUGUUGGUUUCAACGUGGAGCCUCUCAGAGUCCCUGGGCAUGUGUGUCUGACCAUCUGGGAUGUGGGGGGGCAGACCCAGCUGAGGGCCAACUGGAAGGACUACCUGGAAGGCACGGAUGUCCUCGUGUAUGUGCUGGAUAGCACAGAUGAAGCUCGCUUGCCCGAGGCGGUGGCUGAGCUCGUGGAAGUCCUUAAUGAUCCACACAUGGCCCACGUCCCUUUCUUGGUGCUGGCCAACAAGCAGGAGGCGCCCGAUGCUCUGCCGCUGCUCGGGAUCAGAGACAGGCUGGGCCUGGAGAGAUUCCAGGACCGCAGCUGGGAUCUCCGGGCCUGCAGUGCCCUCACCGGUGCUGGGCUGCCCGAGGCCCUGCAGAGCUUGAGAAGGCUCCUGAAAUCCCGCUGCCACUGUGUCUCCAGGUGAGCGCAGGUGCAGCGGGGGGAGUGGGGAGAGCAAGAAGACUGGAUCCAGGCAGAGCAGCGUGCCUUUGCCCAUACGAACUGAAAGAAGCAGCUAGUCCUUGAGAAUCUGAAGCUCAGUUUGUCAAAUAAGACGUCCUUCUGUGCUUGGACAGGAUAUUUUCUUCUUGGGGCUUAUUGUCACGAGGGUUUAUGCUGAAAACCAACUAUUCUUUGAAUAAUAAUACUCUAAGGGGAAAAAAAAUGCCUCAACAUACUUCCUUUAAUAACUCAUUACCAAGGGUGAACUGAGCAAUUGUAAUAAUAGAACAAUGAAUGGUUGCAUUACAAUUAAGACCUAAAUUUACAGAGGGAAAGAGAUUUCAAAAUCAGAUUAGAAUAUCAUCUGGACAUGGUUACGAUCUUAGGAGUGAUUUUUCCCUGGUGCCCCUGGGUAUGUGCCACGAUCACUGUGAGUGCAAGCUGCCAGGGCUAGCAGAUAGGAGUAGGUGACUCUGGCCCCACGGAACCUUGGGUUUAGAAGUUCGCUCGGGCAUUUGGCCCUGGGCAAGAGGCUGGGAGUUAAAGCCUUCCAAAAUUUAUCCUUUUCUCUGACCCUGAUGAACUCUUCUCCACCUUUUACCAUCUUGUAUUGGUCUUUCUCUAAAAUGCUUCAUUUUUAUCUUUUUUUCUUUCUCUUUUCUCCAUACAGCACAUAUCUUUCCUUAAAGAUCAGAUUAAUCAAAUAUUUCAUUCAUUUAUUCAUUCAUUUAAUCAACAAAUAUGUAGAGCAUUGAAUUUGGGCAAACAGCACUGAGUUUUUAGUUAUGAGCCAGGCCCUUGAGAUGGGAGGUGUGGAUUUUGAAGAUACAUGUAACAAAAAUGCUUCUUUCUCAUUAUUAACAGUAAAAAAGAAAAUUGAACAUAGCAUCCUACAAGGGUUUUCAGGUGAUCUUUACCUAGGAACCAUGAAGCUCCUGAAAUUAUUUGCAGAAUUAUUUGCAAAACGUUAUGCUUUGAGCCUUUUUUGGGGGGGCGGGGGAAGAAGAUCCAUAACUUUUAUCAGACUUUCAAAGGCUUUUGUAACUCCCAGAAGUUAAGAAUCACUGAUCUGGUCUUACCGAUCAUCCAACGGAGGAAUACUUUUUAUAAUCUGAGCUUUUUAAUGGCAAGCAGCUCGUACUUGACACCUGCUCUCAUGUUAAACAGCUCUACAUGUUAGCUAUUCCUACUCUGGACUAAAAUCUUCCUCCUUAUGGAUGGUGGUUCUCCCCUCUCUGGAGUGACACGGUAUAAAUGGGUCCUCAACACUCUUCCAACAUCUGAGAUCCACUAGGUCCCUCUACCCAAAUUCUUCCUUCUAACAUCAGGUUAGGCAUGCUCCGUUCUUUCCACUACUUGUCAGUAGAUAGGUUUUCCUGUGUCAGGCACAGGAAAGUACAAAGAUGCAAAGACAGAUUGGACAAGGCCUCAGGCCUCAUGGAGCUCUGCUUGGGGAAGCAGUAGGACAAAACUCCCAUAAAAAAAGCAGAUAGAGGCUCAAUUCAGCAGCUGUUUGUUGAGCACUUACUGGGGUCAAGUUCUGUGCUGGGUGCUUUCCAUAGUUAUCUCAGAUUCUCUCAAUUCUGCAAAGUAGGUAUCAUUCUCAUGUUGCAUAAUUAGAAACUGAGGCUGGGGGAGGUUCUGACUUGCUUGAGGCACAGAACUAU